AUGGAAUCUGACGAAAACUUCGGAGAGCUCCUUCGACAGUGGUGUGGGCUAUUUAUUACGGUGCACGACAAAAGAGUCUACUUUCUCCAUCAGACGGCGAGGGAAUUUCUCCUUCCUGUCGCAGUGUGCCUGUCAGACCCUACUAUCACCAGAACAUGGGCGCAUACUUUGGAUAUCUGCCAAGCACACGCGGUUCUUGCAGAGUCCUGCACGGUUUAUCUUAGCCUCCGAACAAAAAAAGAUGUGGUAACCGAGUUGUUGGACUAUUCCGCCGAAAAUUGGGCUUCUCACUUCCGCGAAGCUAAUGUCGAAAAUACUGCUCUUAUAUCUUUGGCGCUAAGGAUUUGUAAUCCAAACUCGACCCAUUAUACAGCCUGGUCGGAAAUUUAUCGGGCUCGUCAUUUCUUACCACAAAAUGCUACAAAUCUUAUUUUAGCGUCAUUCUUUGGGCAUAAAAGGGUGGUUCAAAUAUUGCUUGAUACAGGCGAGGUCGACGUUAAUACAAAGGAUAAAUAUGGCCAAACGCCGCUAUCAUGGGCUGCGAGACAAGGGCACGAGGCCGUGGUUCGGAUAUUAUUGGAUACAAACAAGGUCGACGUCGAUUCGAAAGAUCGAUUUGGCCAAACGCCGCUGUCAUUUGCCGCCGGAAGGGGGUACGAAACCGUGGUUCGGAUGCUGUUGGAUACAGGUAAAAUCGACAUUAAUUCGAAAAAUAAAUAUGGCCGAACGCCGCUGUCAUUUGCCGCGGAAAAAGGGCACGAAACCGUGGUUCGGAUGCUGUUAAAUACAGAUAAAAUCGACGUCGAUUCGAAAGAUCAAUAUGGCCAAACGCCGCUAUCAUAUGCUGCGAAAAAUGGGCACGAGGCCGUGAUUGAGGCUCUGGCUUCUUCGAACCGGCCGUGA